AUGGCGAAUGAUGAUAAUUGGGAUGAAGAUGAGUUCAUUACAGAUGCAUGCAUUUUAGGUGCUGUGGUAGCCAUUAGUGAACUGACAUAUGCCGUGCCACGUCAAAAGUGUUGGACUUCUCAAUUGUCUGGUCAUAAAUGGAUAACAGAUUUACUUCGAGGUAAUCGAAUCAAAUCGUUAUCUAUAUUGAGGAUGGAAAAACGUGUCUUCCUUGAUUUGUGUAAUGAAUUGUCAACAAAGUACGGAUUAGUGGCAUCACGUAACGUUGGAUUGAGAGAGAUGGUUGCCAUGUUCAUAUAUAUCAUUGCACAAGGGGUUAGUACUAGGGCAGUGCAAGAUCGCUUUCAACAUUCCGGUGAGACAAUUCAUCGUCAAUUUCACAAAGUGUUGGAAAGCAUAAUAAGAAUGUCCAGGGAUAUUAUAAAGCCUAGAGAUCCCGAGUUUAGUGCCACUCCUCGGCAAAUCGCAGAAAUGACAAGUUUAAUCCUUUUUUUAAAGAUUGCAUUGGGGCAAUUGAUGGUACACACAUAGCUGCAGUUGUGCCUCCUGAAGAACGUAUUCCAUAUAUUGGGAGGAAAGGAGUGACGACCCAGAAUGUUAUGGCAGUAUGUGAUUUCGACAUGCUAUUCACGUUUGUGUGUGGUGGAUGGGAAGGGUCGGCGCAUGAUUCACGGAUAUUCAAUAAAGUUUUAACAGAUGUACAUAGCAAUUUCCCUCACCCUCCCACAGGGAAGUACUACUUAGUUGAUGCCGGAUAUCCAAAUCAGAGGGGAUACCUUGCGCCAUAUAAAGGGCAGAGAUACCACCUAGAGGUCUUUCGUAAUGGCCCACAAGCAUCAGGCCCCCGAGAAGCAUUCAAUCAUGCGCAUUCUUCCCUACGAAGUGUGAUUGAGCGUACAUUUGGUGUAUUAAAGAAGAAAUGGUUGAUCUUAACUCGGAUGCCGUCAUAUAAAUUUGACACUCAGAUAAAGAUUGUUGUUGCAUGCAUGGCAAUACACAACUUUAUUCGAAUGAACGUAAUUGAAGAUGAAGAUUUCCUCGCAUAUGGUAAUGAAUCGGUGGUCAUUGGAAAUGACGACGACUUUGGUACUCCGAUGGAAAAUGGGGAUCCCUUACAGUUGAAUGAAGAUUUAGAGAUGACCACUUUACGCGAUAUGAUUGCAGUCGAGUUAUAUGAUUUGUAAUGCAACAUAAGCAAAUUUGUAUUUCGUUUUUAAGUAGAUUAUAUAUAAAUUAGA